GUUUUUUUACUUCUCAAUUUAGCGUCAAGAAGAAAUAGAAACAUACAACUGAUGAUCUAGGCUGUCAAGAUGGCCAAGUUGUGGCUUGCUUCAGCGAUUCUGUUCUGCGUGGCGGUCACGGUCCUGAAGUCGGCAAAGCUAAACAAUCGCGAAUCAGGACGAGGAGAAAGAAGUGUACCAGCUUUACAGCAGAUCUCCCGUCUGGAAGAUGUGAGGAGCCAGAUCGCAAAGCCGGACAAGAAGGGUAAAGAUAAUGAUGUUAAUAACGAUGAUGGUGACAAAAAAGAAGACGGUAAAAAAGAAGAUAACAAUGAAGAACGUAAAAAUGAAGAUAAAAAUGAAGCAAAGAAGAAUGAUAAAGGAGAUAAACACGAAGAGUUGAACGAUAAGAAGGAAGAUAAGAACAAAGAUAAAAACGAGGAGAAUCAAAAAGAAGAUAAGCCGCAAGAAGACAAAGAUAAAAAAGAAAGUAAACCAGAGGAAUUGAACGAUAAAAAAGGAGAUAAGAACGAAGAGCAAAAGGAUGAAAAAGAAGAUAAAAGCGAACAGCAGAAGGAUGAUGACCUUGACAAGAAAGAAGACGAGAAAAAUAAACAAGCCAGCACGCCCAAGAAAGAUUCUCCCAAGCCGAGCCUAAAAAAACAUCAGGACAAAGUAGCUUCUGCUCCGGCUAAACUCCCCGCCCCCGUGCGGAGGCCUCUGGUGGCACGACGCCCCGUGUACCCACGUACGGGGUACCAGCCUUAUCAACACCCUUAUAACACGGCUCAGUCUCCAAUGGCGCCUAUGUCCGCUGCGGGAGGAGCAUGUUUGCAGCAGUGCUGGAAGAAAUGUACACCGAUAUGUAUUCAACACAGAUGUUGUUUACCAGGAAUGGGUAGUCUUCCGAUGCCUGUCCCUCCCCCUCCUCCAUCCUAUCCUCCACCCCCACCCCCUCCACCUCCCCCUGUAAUAAUGUAUGCCCCACCACCACCUCCCCCACCUCCUAUGCCAAUGGUGUAUCCUCCGAUACAAAUGUGCCAGCCAUCUUGUGCACCAGCCUGCUGCAUGCCUCCUCCCCCUCCCCCUCCNUAUUGA